AAUCUCUGCCCGGCGGGGGAGGACGGCGGUGGGCGGGGCUCAGGCGAGGCGCUGGAAAGUUGCGCGUGAUUCUCGUUCCGUUGCUUUAGUUCCGGAGUGUUUGGCGAUGGGGCAGCGGGAGGUGUGGAGGCUCAUGUCGAGGUUUAAUGCAUUCAAAAGGACUAAUACCAUACUGCACCAUUUGAGAAUGUCCAAGCACACAGAUGCAGCAGAAGAUGUGCUAUUGGAAAAAAAAGGUUGUGCGGGAGUCAUAACACUAAACAGACCAAAGCUCCUCAAUACACUGACUCUUAAUAUGAUUCGGCAGAUUUAUUCACAGCUAAAGAAGUGGGAACAAGAUCCCGAAACUUUCCUGAUCAUUAUAAAAGGAGCUGGAGAAAAGGCUUUCUGUGCUGGGGGUGAUAUCAGAGUGAUCUCGGAAGCUGAAAAGGCAAAACAGAAUAUGGCUCCAGUUUUCUUCAGAGAAGAAUAUACGCUGAACAAUGCUGUUGGUUCUUGCCAGAAACCUUAUGUUGCACUUAUUCAUGGAAUUACAAUGGGUGGGGGAGUUGGUCUCUCAGUCCAUGGGCAAUUUCGAGUGGCUACAGAAAAGUGUCUUUUUGCUAUGCCAGAAACAGCAAUAGGACUGUUCCCUGAUGUGGGUGGAGGUUAUUUCUUGCCACGACUUCAAGGAAAACUUGGUUACUUCCUUGCAUUAACAGGAUUCAGACUAAAAGGAAGAGAUGUGUACAGAGCAGGAAUUGCUACACACUUUGUAGAUUCUGAAAAGUUGGCCAUGUUAGAGGAAGAUUUGUUAGCCUUGAAAUCUCCUUCAAAAGAAAAUAUUGCAUCUGUCUUAGAAAAUUACCAUACAGAGUCUAAGAUUGAUCAAGACAAGUCUUUUAUGCUUGAGGAACACAUGGACAAAAUAAACAGUUGUUUUUCAGCCAAUACCGUGGAAGAAAUUAUUGAAAACUUAAAGCAAGAUGGUUCAUCUUUUGCCCUAGAGCAAUUGAAGGUAAUUAAUAAAAUGUCUCCAACAUCUCUGAAGAUCACACUAAGGCAACUCAUGGAGGGGUCUUCAAAGACCUUGCAAGAAGUACUAACUAUGGAGUAUCGGCUAAGUCAAGCUUGUAUGAGAGGUCAUGACUUCCAUGAAGGCGUUAGAGCUCUUUUAAUUGAUAAAGACCAGAGUCCAAAAUGGAAACCAGCUGAUCUAAAAGAAGUUACUGAUGAAGAUUUGAAUAAUCACUUUAAGUCUUUGGGAAGCAAUGAUUUGAAAUUUUGAAGUGACAGGCUUUUAAGGUAUAUUUUGUAGCACGGGUUGGCAAUCUACAGCAUGUGGCCCAAAUCCAGCCUGCUGCCUGUUUUUAUAUACCCUGCAAGCUAAGAAUGGUUUCUGCAUUUUUAAAUGGUUGGGAAAAGAAAUCAAAGACUAAUAUUUCAUAACAUGAAAAGUAUAUGAAAUGUCAGAGUUCACAAAUAAAGCUUUAUUGGAACUAGCUAUAUUCAUCUGUUUAUACAUUAUCUGUGACUGCUUUGAAAUGAGUAGUUGCAAUAGAGAAGGUAAAGCCUACAAAGCCUAAUUAUUUACUGUCUGUUUUUUGUCAGAAAAAGUUUGUCAAUCCCUGUUUUAGAAGAUGGAAAAAUGUGAAGGUCUUUAGAGAUUCUCUAGAGUAUAUCUAUAUCUAGUUGAAAUGGGAUCUUUGGCUUUUGGUAGUGGCUUGUAUGUUGAUGAAAUCAAGUAUAGAAUAUAAAAAAUAAAGACCCUGAAAAUUGUUUUUGGAUACUGUGUUAAUGCCUCAUAGAAUUGUCUCCAUAUAUGAGUGUUUUAAAGUAACUGAGUUACUGUAGCAGAAGAGCUCCUUUUUUAAACAUUAGAGCUCCUUUUAUAAAUAUUAGAAACCAAAGGGAAAAGAUUUUUAUUAAUAUCCCUCUUCAGUAUUAACUCAGACUUGGUCUUCCCUAAAAUAAUCAGAAUACCAUCCCAUGGUGAAACUGAAAGCAUUAUUUUUGUGUUAUUUGUGAUAUUUGUUAAUCUGGUAUAAUGAGAAAUUAGGAAUCUCCAAUCUCUUAGACAGAGACACUCUGUUUUUUUUUUUAUAAUUUACAUAAGACUUUUGUGUGAUAAUUAUCCUUACAAACAAGGUUCAAGUCAGGAGAAAAAAGUUAACUGAAAGCAAGAAGACUUUCAUUCAAAAGAUAUAUUCAAUAAUUGAUAUUGUUAAUGAAAUAAGUACUUUUUAAGGUAUGAAAGAACUAAAAGGUAUUCCAGACUCAGAAUCUUAAAGUUCUAGGCAAGAAUAAUUUUUAAAAUAAAGGUAAGUUUAUAAAUUAACAAAAUAAACAAAAUUUAUGAUUUUGUUUUUUGUUUGUAAUUUUUGUUUAAUUUUAAAAGUAAGUUUAUAAAUAAAAUUUAUAAUUUUUUGUUUAUAAACAAAAUAAAUUAUAAACAAAAUAAAUUUUGUAACUUGUUAUAGUUUCUCCUUCAUCCCAUACUCUUUAGAAACUAAGAGAACUUCAGGUUUGUAAGAACAAAAAGCCAACAGAACUGAAAAAGACAUUAAAGAUCAUGUCCUGCACCCUUCUCAUAGAUGAGGAAAUGGCAGCCCAGAAGGUACUGCUUUAUGUUUUCUCAGUUCUUACUCUGUUUUACGUGAAGCAUUUUUCUUUCAAAUAAUUCAGUAACAGAUCUGGAAGAAAGAUGCCAUGAUAUUGGAUACAUUUGCGUUUAUACUCUUAAAGAUCCUAAAUUGGACCUGAAUGAUCUAAGAAAUUAUUUGUAUAAAUGGAUUUUUGUUUUCUGUAUUUAUUAACAAUGCAGAAAAUGUCUUUUAUAUUAAAAAAUUCAAAGUACACAAUGUCAGAAAGCAUUUGCUUCAGUUAAAUAAGAACUCACACUACUUAAUUGCAACUGGACUUUUAUUGUGCAGUUACAACAACAAAUGUUUUCAGAAAAAUAUUUGGAAAAAAUAUACCACUUCAUAGCUAAGUCUUACAGAGAAGAGGAUUUGCUAAUAAAACUUGAGUUUUGAAAAUUAAGAUGCAGGUAGUGCUUCUGAACUAAUGCCCAUAGCUCCAAGGAAGACAUGUCCUAUUUAGUCAUUCAAAUACAAGAUGAGGGCAUUGUGAUUAAGCAAACUUUGUUUUUAAAUUACUGUUCCUUGACAUUACUUAUAAAGAGUCUGUAACUUUUGAUUUCUAAAACUAUGUAAUACAAAAGUAUAGUUUCCCCAUUUAAUAAAAGGCCAAUGAUACUGAGUAGAAUAUAUGCGUAUCAUGCUACUUCGUUCAGUGUGUCUGUUUUUAAUACUAAUAAGGCAGUUUGACAGAAAUUAUUUUUUUGGGACUGAGGUGAUAAUUAUUUUUGUCCCCUUGAAAAUUGUGCUUUAAGUGCUAAUAACCACAGGCAGAUUGCAAACUGAUAAGGCAACAAAAGUAGAGAAUUUUAGGAUCAAAGGCAUGUAACUGAAAGGUAACAAAAGUACGUAAGAGACAACUGGGGAAGGCAGCAGUGAAGCAUAUUUGUGGGGUUGAGUUGUUGUAAAUAAGGAAUUUGCACAUUUAUUUUCUCUGAUAACCUGCUUCAACAGUUGCCACCUGGAGGUUCCUUGUUGUGCUGGUAGAAGCCCAUUUGCCCUUACAUUGGAUGUUCCAAAUGUUUCCCUUUCCAGGAGAUAGUCAGUCUUCCAGAUUCUUUCAGUCAUCUGUUUUAUAUGUCUCCUGCCUUCUCAGACUGCCCUUCUACUCUAUUUUAUUGUUCAUGGAAGAUCUUCAGAUUGAAGUAAAACCCAGGAAAGAAGGCUAAUAUCCUAUUAGUGAUAUUCUCAUCCAUCUUGUCAUGAAUGCCAACCUAUAUCGUGAUAACUGUCACAUGUAAUGUAAAUUUGUUUAUUCAUCUCUUAUUCAUUUAUUCAUCUUUUUUAAUUCGUUUGUUCAUCUUUCUCUCAUCUAUUCCUGUCUUGAUUUAUCCACUAGUUCACUGAUUAUUCAAGCCUUGUAGUUCAUAUAUGUCAUGGGUUGACAUAUAAUAUAGCAUAUAUUUCAGACAUAAGUUUUUUGGAAAUAUUGUACACAAAAUAUCAUACUCUAUUAAAAUGUGAUUCAGGGACAAGGGAAUGGUGCUUGGUGAUAAAACUAUACUGCCAUAGUUGCUGAGGAAGGGCAGCAACAGAGAUCAGACUUCUAGCUAAUAUGGAUCUGGCAGGCAUUCCCUGUUACACCCCUGGGAAAUAGUGGUCCAGGGCACAGAAGGAACCUGAAAUUAAAAUAUUUAGAUACAACCAAAACUCACUUGUCUCUGUCCCUAUGUACACUGAAAAAUUUAGUGGGACAUGCUGCUUUAUGUGGCUUUGUGUUUUCACCAUUGUACUUAUUUUAUAUACCUAAUCGUAUAUUUUAAGCAGCAAAUGACCUUGCAGCAAAAAAUAUCUUGGCGUGAGAUGCAAAAUGAAUGAAAAACAACCACACCUAUGCUUUUGUCACUCAACCUAAACUACUCUUCGUGACCUGGAAAUGUUUUAUACUUAUGGGAAACUUUCUGCCCUUAACCUUAUAACUUCAGAUCCUUGUAUGAAUGGGUUUGGUUGUUUUUCUAUUAUAUAAAUCGUAGAUUGCAAGUACAACGGGACAGUACAAAUCCCCGGACUUGGUAAAAUUAGAGUUGAAUGAUGACGUGUCCAAAGGCAACUGAAAUAUGACAUAUUUCAAAUAAUGUUUUCCUUGCUUGUGUAACUUGGAGAAUUCACUCUAUUUGAUUGUGGGUUUCAAAGUAUUAGUGUUAAAAUUAGAGGUAGAUUUUCUGCCUGCUUACAAGACAAAUACAUACUUAUCUCAUUAAAGAGGUAAUAAGCCUUUUUUUAACCUUUAUAUUUUCAAUACUAGUGGUGUAUUGUGGAUCUAACACACACAGGCUUAAAUAAUUUCCUUUCCAUUUAAACUCAUAGUGUACCAAAUCUUGAUGAAAAGAUAAUUCUAGAAAGUCAAGUCUUAAUUUUCCAACAAGUUAUGUCUUAAUUUCUUCUUCCCCCUUCUAAAUUUUCUGUUACCACUGAUCUUCAAACAGUACUUAAUCCUUUAAAACAAAAAGGUGUGUAUGUGCCGUAACAGUAAAAAUGAAAAAGAAAAAAUAGCUUUCCUAAAAGGUAGCUAGGCUUAUGGAAAUGGUAUAAUAGGUGACUAUAAAUGCCCUAUAGGCUUGUGUUACCACUAAAAAAUAACAAAAACCCAGAAAAUGAGUACUCUCCUCAGAGGACAGUUUUAUCUUUUCCGUUUUGCAAUACAACUGUAAAUCUUCAUGCAUCGUCUGGUCUCAGUAAUUUUAAUGGCGACCGCCUCACUAGUCAAGAAAAAACUGGGAAUAAAUGCCCAUAUUCCAGCUCUCUGUACCUCUGAGACAGUAAAGCUUAAUAAAUACACAAUUAAAACUGAAACUUUCUACCUUGCAGACUUAAGUUUCUAUUAUUUUUAAGAUUCACUGGAUUGCUCUUUAUAAACGGUACCCAUACUUGUUUUCUUGUAUAGUUAUAUCACUGGGCUUCUUAAUUCAAUGCAAUAAACACUAAUGUCAUGGCUUCUAUAAACUGUUAUCUUUAAGAUGGCUUUAGGCACAAAGUCGGCAAAGUCUGAGUCGUCCAAUAACAGCUGUAAUUAGUUAGGGCCCUGAAAUCCAAGGUGGUAGUUACACUUCUCAUCUACAAAAAUAAAUAUCUUAUUAAAGACAGGGUUUAUUUGUAUCAAGAAGUAGAUAUCCUUGACAAACAAGACUUACUGUUAAUCACUAUGACUUGAGUGCCAUUCCCGUGCCAAGAAAUUUUAGAAAAGCCCUCUUCAUAUCUGGACUUUUUUGGGUAUAAGUUAACAAAAAUUGUUAUUUUAAAGGACAACCUUUAGAAUAACCAUUGGAAUUUGGGGCAGUUUUUAUUCCUUAGCAUUUUCUUUGGUGAUGCCAUUACUUAGGAAGAAGUGCUGUGACAUUCAGUUGAUUAUUGGGUAUCACAGGACCUCUGUUCAGCCCUUCAGAUGACUAAAAUCUAAGACUAAACAGAGAGAAAUUGCUGUUAACAUAGAAGUACUUAAAAUGCAUUUCAUCCUAGGUGUUCUUAUGCUAAUAACAUUAUCGUAGACACAUUUUUUAAAUCCAGAUAGGUAUUUGUAAUUUUUCACACCAGUUUUUGCUUUUGUCGCAUGUAUUCAAACUAGCACCUCCAGUCAAAGUGUUGUCAUGCUACAUACAGCCUCAAGGCCCCUCACUCUCAAUGUAUGGAAUGUCAUGGUACUUGAUGUUAUUGCAUGCCCAUUGCUGCAAGGCAUCACACAAGAUAUCCUGAGACAGGCGGUGUGCAUAUUCCAAGAUCACAAUAUUGGUCCCUGGGGGUUCCUUCACUUCCUCUUUGACAUUAACUGGAGAAGGCAUCCUAGGUAGACAUCUCUCUUCUGGCAUAAAGUGUUCUUCACUCUCAUGCUGCUUCUCAUCUUCAUAUAUGGUAGGAAAUGGGAAAGUUUGCUUUGAUUUCAUGCAGCCCAUGUUAUGAAGAGCUGUUUGUGGAGGAAGCAGUGGCAGACUACUUCCAGGCCAUCUUUAGAAAACAAUGAAAUUUGUCCAUGUGAUGUUGACCAGUGCUUUCCCUCUCCAGGCCACUUCAGUAUUCAAUGUUCCCUUUCACCACUCUUCACGUAUAGUGUUUACCUGUCAAGAGAAGGUAGGUUUCAUUUUGAAGUUACAGAAUGCAAAAUAGUGUAUGAUUGAGUGGCAUGUAAAAAUCCUUUCAUCACUUUGGUCACAUGGAAGAAAUCUGAGGUAAAAACAAACAGCUUUAUCUUACCAGUGGAAGAGAAAGAUAAUCACUCAAUAAAAAUGGCAACUUGCAAAAUAGGAAAACAUGUUUUUCAAGAUCUUGCAAAUUUUAUAAAACUGAAAACAAUUCCAUUUUUGCUAGCUUAGAUUUACCUAUACCAAAGGUUAGCUAAACCAUUGAGCCAAAUUCCAGCUACCUAUUUUUAUACAGCCAUGCUCACGUGUUUACAUGUGUCCAUGGCUGCAUUCAUACUACGACAGCAGAAGUGAGUAAUUGUGACAGGCUGUGUGCCCCACAAAGCUUAAAAUAUUUACUGUCUGACCCUUUACAGAAAAUGUUUGCUGAGUCCUGAUCUAUACUGUCAAGCAAAACAAGCACAUCAAAAUUUGUUCCUCCCGAAACCUCAUGAGCCUACAGACCUGCGACUACUGCAUAGAGCAACAAGCAACACUGGAUUGUGAUCCCUGAGAGAAGAAAAACACAAGAUGUUAAAUCCCCCAGAUGGUCAUUGUGGGAUUCUACCUGGUGCUAUUUUCCAGCAUUACCAUGGGAGUUGAGCCCCAGGAGAGUCAGAGAGUGGCAACUCUGAUGGAACAGAGGUUUGGGUUACUAAAACAGCUGAAAUUUAUAAGAUAGAGUUCAAGAUUGGGAAGAGAGGCAGAAAUCUGCACGAGACUUGUCAAAGGUACUGGGAUGUGCAUGUCCAGGAUGAGGCUCUGCAAAAUCUUAGCAAAUGAUUACUUCCUCUAGGACUUAAGGGUUGAACAGUGACACCAGAAGUUAUACAGUACUUAGAAUCCUUGGAAUUGCAGCCUGAGUGGAGCAAUCUCAUUGAACACUUCUGUAUUUAGUUACUACUCAAGAAAUGUGACACCUUAGGAAUCAGUAGCAUACCCUAUGCAAGGGUUGGCAAGUGUUUUCUUUUUUUUUUUUUUUUUUUUUGGCAAGUGUUUUCUUAAAGGGCUAUGACUUAGGCUUGUGAGCUAGGUGUUUGUGGCUUCUCCAAAUUCAUAUAUUGAAACCUAAUCCCCAACGUGGUGGUAUUUGGAGGUGGGGGCUUUGGGUGAUGAUAUUAGAGUAUUAGCGCUCUCAUAAAAGAGACCCCAGAGAGCUCCCUUGCCCCUGCUGACAUGUGGGGCCACACUGAAAAGCUAUGAACCACAAAGCAGGCCUUCACAAGAUACCAUAUAUGCUCAUGCCUUAAACUUGGACUUCCCAGCUCCAGAACCAUGAGAAAUAAAUCUGUGUUAUUGAUAAACACUCAGUCAUAUAAAUACUCCAUACUAGUCUCUGGUAUUUUGUUAUACCAUCCUGAAUGGACUAAGACACAUAGGGUCUAUGUCACAACUACUCAGCUCUGCUAUUAUAGCACAAAAGAAGCCAGAUAAUAUAUUAAUAUUAAACAAAUGGCCAUGGCUAUAUCCAGUAAAACUUCAUUUACAAAAAUAGGCAGCCACCCUAUGGACCACAUUUGACUAAGUUCAAACAGAAAUAGUCCCCUUUAACAAGAAAUAAAACAAUACCAUUUAAAGAAAGAUAACAUAAGCCAGAUGCCUUACAAGUUAUUACUCACAAUGCCUACCGUUCAAUUAAAAAAUUACUAGCCACACAAAGAAGCAGGAAAAUCUGACCCAGAAUCAAGAAGAAAAAAAAAAAUGACCCAGCAUUUCUUAAUAGAAAUUAAUAAUAGAACUUUAAAGUAGCUAUUUAAGUAUGCCCAAGAAAAUAAAGGAAAAAACUAGUGAAAAAGAAUUUCAGAGAAAUGGAAAUUGUAAAAUAAAAAUGGAAAAUCAAUAACUGAAAUGUACAAGACGUGAAAUGAAAAAUUCAUUGUAUGGACUACUGAAUGUUGGAAAAGAUAGGAUUAGUGAACUUGAACAUAAAUCUAUAGAUGUGUCCAAUCUGAAAAAUGGAGGGAAAAGAUUUUAAAAAUAGAGCAGCAGCCACUAAAGAGAUAAUGCAAGUAUGACUUAUGAGGAAAGGAAUUAGACCCAUUUAACCCAGAAGAAGACAGGAAAGGAAGAACAUUGGGGGUUGGGAGGGACAAUUAGAAAAUCACCAUAUGAAAAAGCCUUCUAUAUAUAAUUACCUGAAAGAAAAAUGGACUAAAAAUAACAAUUGAAAGGCAGAGAUGAUCAGACUAGUUUAAAAAUCCAAACCACACAUAUGUAGUCUUUUCAAUGAGUGCUGGAACAACCAAAUCAUCCAUAUGCCAAAAAAAAAAAAAAAAAAAAAAAA